UUCCCAUGUGAGUGACAUUUCUUUCUUUUCUCCCUAUCUCUCUUUCUUUUCUUUUCCUCAUCUUACCUUUCUUUCUCAGCUUUCUCAUCUCUCUUUCUCUCUUUCCCUCUAUGAUUGAUGUGAAUUCAUCAUCUAUCUUGAUAAAUUCCUGACCAUUCCCAUCUUGCCUUGAGUACCCAUUUGAAGAAAAGCUUCUAUUUUUGGGUUUUCACCAUGGCCGCCCCUCCAAAGCCAGAAGAGAUAACCCAUCUACCCAUGGAUCAGCUUCAAGGGUUUGAGUACUGUAUUGACUCGAACCCAUCUUGGGGUGAAGCAAUCGCUUUGGGCUUCCAACACUAUGUUUUGUCGUUGGGAACGGCUGUGAUGAUACCGACUCUAUUGGUCCCAUUGAUGGGAGGAACCGAUGAUGAUAAAGUGAGGGUAGUUCAGACAUUGCUAUUCGUGGGUGGGAUCAAUACGCUAUUGCAGACGUUAUUUGGAACGAGGCUGCCAACGGUCAUUGGCGGUUCGUAUGCAUUCAUCGUCCCAAUCAUCUCCAUUAUACAUGAUUCUUCAUUGUCUCGAAUAACAGAUGGUCACGCGAGAUUUCUUCAAAGCAUGAGAGCAAUACAAGGAGCUCUGAUAGUCUCAUCAAGCGUGCAGAUUAUUCUGGGAUAUAGUCAGAUUUGGGGUAUCUGUUCAAGGUUUUUCAGCCCGCUCGGGAUGGUGCCUGUGAUUGCGCUGGUGGGAUUUGGCCUUUUUGACAGAGGCUUUCCUGUGGUUGGAAGAUGUGUUGAAAUUGGUGUUCCUAUGCUUAUCUUAUUCAUUGCAUUCUCCCAGUAUCUGAAGCAUUUUAAGGCAAAGCAACUGCCGAUUUUGGAGCGAUUCGCACUACUAAUAUCAAUUACAGUGAUAUGGGCAUACGCUCACUUGUUGACAGCGAGCGGCGCAUACAAGCAUAGACCUGUAACCACCCAAGUCAACUGCCGUACAGACAGGGCUAACCUCAUUUCUUCGGCACCCUGGAUAAAAAUACCGUACCCGCUUCAGUGGGGUGCACCUACCUUUGAUGCAGGGCAUUCAUUUGGAAUGAUGGCCGCUGUACUCGUUUCCUUGAUCGAGUCAACAGGAGCCUACAAAGCCGCAUCUCGACUCGCAAGCGCAACACCUCCUCCCGCUCACGUUCUCAGCCGCGGCAUUGGCUGGCAGGGAAUUGGGAUCUUAUUGGACGGGCUUUUCGGAACAGGAACCGGCUCUACCGUCUCCAUAGAGAAUGUGGGUCUUCUUGGAGUCACUCGAGUUGGAAGCCGUAGAGUUAUUCAAAUAUCAGCUGGUUUUAUGAUUUUCUUCUCCAUAUUAGGGAAAUUCGGUGCGCUUUUUGCUUCAAUACCAUUCACAAUCUUUGCAGCUGUCUACUGUGUUCUAUUUGGACUCGUUGCUGCUGUGGGGCUCUCGUUUCUGCAAUUUACUAACAUGAAUUCGAUGAGGAACCUGUUCAUAACUGGGGUGUCUUUGUUCCUGGGGCUAUCUGUGCCACAGUACUUCUAUGAGUAUACUACAGGUGCUAAGCAUGGUCCUGCUCACACCAAGGCCGGAUGGUUCAAUGAUUUUCUCAAUACCGUCUUCUUCUCUCCACCGACCGUCGCUCUGAUUGUAGCUGUUUUUCUUGAUAAUACCCUCGACUACAAAGAUGCUGCCGUGGAUAGAGGAAUGCCAUGGUGGUCUAGAUUCCGAACAUUUCAAGGAGACGGCCGGAAUGAGGAAUUCUAUACCCUCCCGUUCAACCUCAACCGCUUCUUCCCUCCAUCAUAAGAUCACAUGCCGUAAAUCAAGAAAAACACUAGCCGAGAAGAAGACGAUGAAUGACAAUCUCAAUGAAGGAGAUGAGGAAGAGGAUGAUGAUUGCUUAUUGAGUUAGUUCAUGUGUUCCAGUAAGAAUGGAAUGUUUGGGUUUACAGAUUGUAUGUAUAUCUGAGUCUGGUUUUUGGGCGUAAUCUAAUAAAAUUAACGUAUUUGCUUUUC